CACCGCUUCCGUGAUUUGGAAAUGAUGUUGAAGGGCCUGCGGCAUGUGCGGAAUGUGCUGCAGCGCGGCGGCUCUCAGUUGGCCCAGAUCCGCGGUGCCACGGGGCAGCCCCAAAGGAUUUGUCAGGAGCUAUCGCUGCUCCAACUCAGCCGGCGGCAGGUGAUGCAGCUGCAGACGGAGUACAAGGCGAUUGUGGGCUUGAUAGCCCGCUCACUGCAACUGACCCCCAAGGAGGUCCGACUGAUGCACCUGCGCAGCCUGAGCACCGCAGGAAAACCUCCCGCUCCCACGGAGGGCAAGGCGGAAAAGUCGACCAAGGACGGAUCCAAGACUGAAGGUGAUUCCUCCAAGGAAAAGCAAAAGCAAGCUGUCGCGGCGGAGGGCAGUGAGAAGAGCAGCAAAGCCUCCCAAGACGAAGGCUCCAGUAGUCCGAAUCCCAGCCCAAGCAGCUCCACCGGCGAACCCGGCGAGGAUCCCAACAAAAACAGCAACGAGAAUGAUGAAAAGAUGCGUUCUGUACUGACCAAGGCCGUGCUUUGGCUUUUUACCAUCUAUAUGUUUGUAGCCUUCUUCUCCUUGCUGAUUACCCCGCGUUCCGAGAGACCAGAGGGCUCCACGCGCUAUGUGUCCUGGAAUGAGUUCGUCCACCAUAUGCUGGCCGUGGGUGAGGUCAAGGAGCUGAUCAUACGGCCCGACAUGGAGAUGGUCACCAUCAUCCUGCACGAGGGUGCGGUCAUAAAGGGCCGGAAGGUGUCGUCCACAAUCUUUCACAUGGCGGUGGCUGACGCCAACAGGUUCGAGGAGAAGCUACGUGAGGUGGAGAAGCGGCUGGGCAUCAAGGAUGGUGUGCCGGUGACCUACGACCGCCAGACGGACACCACCGGCCGCAUCCUCAUGCUGCUGCUUGUCUGCGCCCUGCUCGUGUCCAUUGCCACCCGCAUGAAGAGCAUGAAGAGUCCCCUCAGCAUGGAUUCGUUUAACCAAAUGGGCCGCGCCAAGUUCACGCUGGUUGAUCCCUUCGACGGCGGCCGCGGCGUGCUCUUUCGUGACGUGGCUGGUCUCAGCGAGGCCAAGCAGGAGGUAAAGGAGUUUGUCGAUUACCUUAAGUCCCCGGAGAAGUACCAGCGCCUGGGGGCGAAGGUUCCGCGCGGAGCCCUGCUCCUGGGUCCGCCGGGAUGCGGCAAGACGUUGCUGGCCAAGGCGGUGGCCACCGAGGCCCAGGUGCCGUUCCUUAGCAUGAACGGUUCAGAGUUCAUAGAGAUGAUCGGUGGCCUGGGGGCGGCGCGAGUGCGCGAUCUCUUUAAGGAGGGCAAGAAACGGGCGCCGUGCAUUAUCUAUAUCGACGAGAUAGACGCCAUCGGUCGGCAACGUUCGGGAACGGAGAGCAUGGGGCAGGGCAGCUCUGGCGAGUCAGAGCAGACACUUAACCAGCUGCUGGUCGAGAUGGACGGCAUGGCCACCAAGGAGGGUGUGCUCAUGCUGGCCAGCACGAAUCGGGCGGAUAUCCUAGACAAGGCCCUUCUGCGACCCGGUCGCUUUGAUCGCCACAUCCUCAUAGAUUUACCUACGCUGGCGGAACGCAAGGAGAUCUUCGAGAAACACUUGUCGUCGGUGAAAUUGGAGUCGCCGCCCACGACCUUUUCGCAGCGAUUGGCACGUCUGACGCCGGGUUUCUCAGGUGCUGACAUCGCCAACGUGUGCAAUGAGGCUGCCCUGCAUGCGGCCCGAAAUACCCAAAAGGAGGUCAGCAGCAAGAACCUAGAGUAUGCUGUGGAGAGACUAGUUGGCGGCACUGAGAAGCGUUCGCACGCUUUGUCGCUGGCGGAGCGCAAGGUGAUCGCGUAUCACGAAUCCGGACACGCUCUGGUGGGCUGGAUGCUGCCCAACUCGGACAUCUUGCUCAAGGUGACCAUUGUGCCGCGCACCAGUUUGGCGCUGGGAUUCGCCCAAUACACCCCUAGCGAACAGCAUUUGUACAGCAAGGAGGAGCUGUUCGACAAGAUGUGCAUGGCGCUGGGCGGUCGGGCAGCCGAGAAUCUUAUAUUCAAUCGCAUAACGACGGGCGCUCAGAACGACCUGGAAAAGGUGACGAAGAUUGCAUACUCGCAGAUCAAGAAGUUCGGCAUGAACGAGACCCUGGGACCCAUCUACGUCCGGGACGCGGAUGAGACGGAGGGCGGUGGUGCGAUGGGCAGCGGUGGCAAGAAGCCAUUCUCGCGAGCUAUGGAAAGCAUGAUCGACAACGAGGCGCGGCAUGUGGUGGCCAGCGCCUACCAAACCACCGAGGGGAUACUCGCUUUGCAUCGCGAUAAGCUGGAAAAGCUGGCUGAAGCUCUGCUUGAGAAGGAAACACUGGACUACGACCAGGUGGUGGAACUGAUUGGACCGCCGCCGUACGAUCUAGGGAAGCGGCAAGUGGAUGGUGUGGAGUUCGAGCAGUCACUGAAGAACCUGGGCAGCGACACGGACGCCACGAAAGCCUGAGGCUUUGAGUAGAACUCAAAUUCAGAGUCAUAGUCCCAGAGUCACAGUCAUUCAUCAUACGCCACGUGCCCCGAGUCGCUCACCUUUCCGCCCGCCCUGGUUCAUGUUCGUUGAAUGUAAAUAAAGUUGUUUACCUUUUAAAUGAU